GACACAGCCUCCACGACUCCCAGCCUCCUCCUCCCCGCCGCCGCCUCCUCCUCUUCCUCCUCCUCCUCCCUCGCUCCCACAGCCAUGUCUGCUUAGACCAGAGCAGCUCCUCAGCCAAUUCAGGCAGCAGCGGCCGCCGAAGCAGAAAGACAGUCACCGCCCGGGAGCUAUGACAGGAGUGUUUGACAGAAGGGUCCCCAGCAUCCGAUCCGGCGACUUCCAAGCUCCGUUCCCGACGUCUGCCGCCAUGCACCAUCCGUCUCAGGAAUCGCCAACUUUGCCCGAGUCGUCGGCCACCGAUUCUGACUACUACAGUCCCGCGGGGGCCGCCCCGCACGGCUACUGCUCUCCUACCUCUGCUUCCUACGGCAAAGCGCUCAACCCCUACCAAUACCAGUACCACGGCGUGAACGGCUCCGCAGCCGGCUACCCGCCCAAGGCUUACGCCGACUACAGCUACGCCAGCCCCUACCAUCAGUACGGCGGCGCCUACAACCGCGUCCCGAGUGCCACCAGCCAGCCAGAGAAAGAAGUGGCGGAGCCAGAAGUGAGGAUGGUGAAUGGUAAACCAAAGAAAGUUCGUAAACCCAGGACUAUUUAUUCCAGCUUUCAGCUGGCCGCAUUACAGAGAAGGUUUCAGAAGACUCAGUACCUCGCCCUGCCAGAACGCGCCGAGUUGGCUGCCUCUCUAGGACUGACGCAAACACAGGUGAAAAUCUGGUUUCAGAACAAAAGAUCCAAGAUCAAGAAGAUCAUGAAAAACGGGGAGAUGCCCCCGGAGCACAGUCCCAGCUCCAGCGACCCUAUGGCGUGUAACUCGCCACAGUCACCAGCGGUAUGGGAGCCCCAGGGCUCAACCCGCUCUCUCAGCCACCACCCUCAUGCCCACCCUCCGACCUCCAACCAGUCCCCCGCGUCCAGCUACCUGGAGAACUCGGCUUCCUGGUACCCAAGCGCAGCCAGCUCAAUCAAUUCCCACCUGCCGCCACCGGGCUCCUUGCAGCACCCGCUGGCCCUGGCCUCCGGGACGCUCUAUUAGAAGGGCUGCUUGCUCUCUCCUUCUUGCUCAAUUUUGGGACUACAGUGUUUUGCUGUUUUAGAAAUCAGAAAGACAGGAAUUCAUACGGGGAUGUUUGGAAAAUGGAAGCAACAACAAAAAAAAUCAUGUGUAAAGCUUUUUUUGCAUGUAAGUUAUUGCAUUUCAAAGGACCCCCCUCCCCAUUUUUUACGAAAAGAACCUUUUUUUUUUUUUUUGCGCAACUGUGGACACUAUCAAUGGUGCCUUGAAAUCUAUGACCUCAACUUUUCAAGAGACUUUUUUCAAUGUUAUUUUAACCGUGUAAAUAAGUGUAGAUAGAGGAAUUAAACUGUAUAUUCUGGAUAAAUAAAAUUAUUUCGACCAUGAAAACUGUUCCUCUUUGGCCCCUCCAUAAUUGACUAGUGAGGCUCUAUGCAGGCGA